AUGAAAGCCCUUCUAUUUCCCAUUUUGUUUUUUGUUAUUAAAUAUGUUCUAGCAGAUAUUAACCCCAUAGUUAUUAACGGUAAGUAUUUUGUUGAUUCAGUCACCGGUGACCCGUUCUAUAUCAAAGGUGUGGAUUAUCAGCCUGGCGGCUCUUCUGAGUUUACUGGGAAGGGUGAUCCAUUAUCGGAUCCUGAAAUUUGUGCAAGAGACAUAUAUUUAUUACAAAACCUAGGUGUAAAUACUAUUAGAAUUUACUCUAUAAAUCCCGAUUUGAACCAUGACAAGUGUAUGACACUGUUGGCGACAGCAGGCAUCUAUAUAUUGUUGGAUGUCAACUCUCCGUUACAAAAUCAACAUUUAAAUAGAUAUGAGCCAUGGAUCACUUACAAUGAACAAUACCUGGAACAUGUGUUUAAAAUCAUGGAGCAUUUUUCUUAUUAUAAUAACACCUUAGGCUAUUUUGCUGGAAAUGAAAUUAUAAAUGAUAAAAAAUCAGCAAAAGUUGCACCAGUAUACAUUAAAAGAUUAAUUCAAGAUAUGAAGAAAUAUUCCACAAAUCAUUUAAACAGGGUUAUUCCUGUAGGAUACUCUGCUGCUGAUGAUUUAGAUUACAGAGUGUCGUUGGCAAGUUAUUUAGAGUGUGCAGAUUCCAAUAUUGGCAUGGAUUCAACUGUCGACUUUUAUGGAGUUAAUUCAUACCAAUGGUGUGGCGAACAAACUAUGAAAACGUCUGGUUAUGACAAAUUAGUCGAGGCGUAUACCAAUUAUAGCAAACCCGUAUUUUUUUCUGAAUUUGGUUGUAAUUUAGUUCAGCCUAGAACUUUUGGAGAGGUAAAGUCUAUCUACUCAGAUGCUAUGUAUAAAACAUUUUGUGGUGGUCUUGUUUACGAAUUUACACAGGAAGUAAACGAUUAUGGUUUAGUAAAAGAAUCUAGUGAUAAAAGUGUUACACUGUUACCUGACUUUAAUACUUUAUCUCUUCAAUAUAAAAAUGUUCAGACACCAACAAGAAAAGAUUUGAACUUAGAUUCUAAUAUUGUCAUAGCUAAUUCGAAACAAAAAAAUUUCGAUAGUGGUAUCGAAUGCAAACGCAGAUAUCAAAAUAUUGAAAUUGAGGGGAAAAUAGCAAAAGAUGUGUCUGCAAAUUUAAUUUAUAAAGGUGUUAAAUUCAAAAAAGGUCAUUUCACAGAUUUGAAUGCAGAUGAUUUAGUUGUCAAACAUGACAUAUUUGAUGAGAAUGGAGUGAAAUUGAACAAAGAAAAAUUGUCGAUUACUGUCAUCAAUGAAAUGGGAGCCUAUGUAUUGAGCAAUGAAACGAACAAAAAAGAAAAUAAGAAGAAAAGCUCGGCAAAUAACGCUAGUGUAUAUCUAAGUUUAUUAGUUGGAUCUCUGUUCUUAUCACUUUUCCUCCAGUUCUAG